AUGCUGAGCAGCAUGCCACAAGCUCGCUCAGCAAAAGCGAUCCUAAGCCACCAAGAGCGCACCGCGACGGAACCGCGAGAGAACGACCUGCACACGGCCACCGUCGCCAAAGUCACGCCCGUCAACGACCGGAUCAAGCGCUUUAAAUUCGAAAUCAAGGAAAAGGACGGCUUCAACUUCCUCCCCGGCCAAUGGCUUGAUGUCUUUGUGCCCGAUGUAGACAAGGCCGGUGGCUUCACCAUUACCUCGUCGCCCUCCGAAGCCCUGCCGCGGUCGGAUCCCGAUUUUGUUCCCUACUUCGAGCUAGCUGUCCAGAAGAGCCCUAAUAACCCGCCGGCAGCAUGGCUGUGGCAGCCGGCGGAGGAGAUACUAGGCAAGGAGGUCACUGUGCGUGUAGGCGGAAGCUUCGUGUGGCCUCCCCCGUGUCUGGAUAUGAAGAAGAUUAAGCGCGCCAUCUUCAUCGCUGGAGGUGUCGGAAUUAACCCUAUGAUGUCAAUGAUGACCUACAUAAACCAGAACUACCCGAACCUCGAAGUACGCUUCCUAUACUCUACCAAAGUCCCUUCGCGCGAAACCGACCCGAGCGAAGUCCUCUUCCUGCAAGACGUGCUCGACCUGUUCCGCAUACCCAGAUUCAAGGUGACCAAAGACCGCCUUGAGCUUUUCUUUACAGGCACGUGGGACGGGUCAGAGAUGGGCACAAAUGAAGGUGACUUGAUACAUCCACUCAUGUCUCUGACGCUGCCGCAAAUUGACUCGGCUACCGAAGUGCCAGUGUGUGCCUGGACGCAUCGCAUUGACGAUAUUGCCCUCUCUAGCGCAGUUGGCAACAGGAAGGAAGCCCAAUCCACCGUCUUCUACGUCUGCGGGCCCCCAGACAUGACCGACGACAUGGUGAAGUUUAUCAAGGAGCAGGAUAAUGUCGCUCCAGAGAGAGUGCUGUGCGAGAAGUGGUGGUAA